AUGGGCAAUACGCAGCAUGCGUGUCACAUUGUGCCCAAGUCGUCGCAGAGCGAGUGCUGGAAGUGCACAGAGUGCGGCUGCCAGUGCAAUGAGGCUCGGUGGAGCUGGUGCACGAAUUACGAGACGAGCCUCGCGACUGCAGCGUUCGGCAGGUCUUGGCGUGAUCAGCAAGGCCCUUAUGAUGCGUGGGGCCAUGGCGCACCUGCUCACUGGCCCGGGUUUCAGCUUGAGGCAGGGGCAGGAGGAGGAAGCUUUGUAUACGGGGUGCCAUUGGCGCUUAAUCCAGGGCCGCAGCUUGUCGGAGGUAGCGGGGCUGGUCCCACGGCUUCCCCGCCCAGUGCGCAGCUCGGUGGGAAAGGAUGUGUCGCUACGGGCACUGGCACAGGGGCUCAGUCCCAGUUCGGCGUCAGCGACCUUCCUUGGCUCAAGCAGUUGGCCAGUACCUUCGAGGCUUUCGGCGAUGAGCAGCAGCUGUACUAUGGCAGCAUCAUCGCCAGUCUGGAAGUUGCUGAGAUUCCGCCGCCACGUCCCACAGUCGGCAUGUUCAAGCACGUGUGCGAGCAAGCAUGA